UAAUGCUUUGAUUUCAUUUUCACCUCACUUUUUCUGAUCUGAAUAUUAAUGAUUGAUUCUCAUAUAUAAGUGUUGUUUAAUUUCCUUGAAAUGCAUCAGUUUUUACCGGAGAGAUUUAAUAUCCCCUUAUUGAAGCUGUUGACCUAUAGAUUAUUUCACUAUACAGCAUUGAAGCUUUGUGGUUCAGUUUUUAGUACUUUUUUUUAUAACUAUUGCCCUGAAGGCAAUGGUGCCGGAUAUCUCCGAUACCCAUGCUUUGACUAGGGAUUUAAUGAUAGGUUUUUUGUGUUAUAUUUGUUUAUGCGAGGAGAUUGUAGAUUAAGAUGUGGCAAAGCUUUGAUUUAUGGAACAAAGUAAGUAAUAAUUUGGGGAUGUUGCAAAUGUUCAUUCGGAUCAUAGCCCUUGGAGAUUCCUUUUCUCGAGUGAAAAGUUGUUGUAACUUGAUUUUCCUUGCUAUUGCGACGGUCGUCACGAUUGCAGAAAUACUAAAAAACAAUGGUUUGGCUGUUGAUAAGAAGAUCACGACUGCAACCGUUGACAUAAAGGACGACCCUAGAGGGCAUCCUAUUCAAAAGGCAAAGAUUGAGAUAUUGCUGGGAAAGACCGAAAACUUCGAUGAAUUAAUGGCUGCGGCUGCUGAAGAAAGAGGUGGUGUAGAUGGAGAAGAGCAGAGUUAAACCUUGAGAUAUUUCAAGUUUUUUUUAUUUGUUAGUUUAUGGUGGUCUUUUUUCUUUUUUUACAAAUUGUAGGUGUUUUGAGUUA